UUGACCUUCAGUGUUGCAUGUGAGUCACCGAACUGAACGCCGCAGUUGCAACUCCGCAGUUUUCCUCCGCCACUGUAUGGAGUCGCUUGCAGACGCACCGCAGUACACGAAACAUCGCCAACAUGCAAGAGCUGUCGCUAUUGUUAAUGCUGACGACGAUCGUAAUCACAGAGGCAGAAGCCAUGAAUAAAUGUCAAGAUCUGUUUAAGUCAGUGGAGAACGCCAACACCGCGAGGUACAGGGAAUAUUGCAUCGAAAAAUACAAGCUUCCCAUGACAGCUGGUGAAGGAGCAGAUGACAAUGUGUUCAUUCGUGGUUAUUGGAGGUUAAAUGCAGAUCAGAAGAAAGCGUUAACUCUCUGUGUUUUCCGCGAAGAAGGGUUUCUAACGGCUGACAAACAGUUCAAUGCCACAGCUGUGAAGGCGCAGGUGACGGAGGCUCUGAGGCGAGUCGAAAAGUCCCCGGAGAGAGACGCCGUGACAACCGCCAUUUCGACAGAUGCGUGUCGUUUACAAGAUGGCGAUCCUAGCCUGAUGGACACCAUCAAGUUCAUGAUAUGCUUGAAGGCAACCUGUUCAACAGCAAUGGCUUCCCCACCUGACGCAGAAUUACUUCCGUUAUGAGUUUUUGAUGUGAAAUGUUGGUAAUAGUCUGUGUAAUUUACUUAUUUUUUAGUAUAUAAGAUUUUCUUAUUAUUACUUUUGAUAAUUUUGAAUAAUAUUAACUACAUUUUC